CGCGCUCAAGAUUCGAAGGUAGCUCGCCGUAUUUUCUACCGCUAAACCUUCUUGUUUAGUCAAGUUUUUACCCUGAUUUGACAGAUGUGACGAGAACCAAAAGCGAUGACUGCCAAUAAUAUAGACAGCUUGAACGCACAGAUGGCUGCGAAGAUAGCUAAGGAGUCACAGGUCGGCAUGGGACGUUCCAGUCUCUUCGCUAUUGCAAGGCAACCUCACAAUACUGGCUCCAAGAGCUAUGUAUCCCUCGGAGUGGCACCCACCCAUGAUGAUGACGACUUCGCGCCCCAACAGAAAGUGGAAUAUGAAAACUCCUAUAGAAUGGAACCAGCUACAAGAUUUGUUCCAGAGAAAGUGAGACCAAUCUUAAUUGAGACGUUGGAGAAGGAAUUGGAGAAUAUGGAGUACGAACCCGUCUUAUGCAGUAUGCAAAGUAAAAGCAUAGCUCAGGAAAUCAAACUCAGGGUCAAGGCUUUGAAUUAUGCCAGAUUCAAGAUUGUGUGCCUCGUUAACAUCGGUGAAAAGAGAGACCAGGACGUGAGGCUGGGAAGCCGGUGCCUAUGGGAUUCCAGCAGGGAUAACUUUGCCUGUGCAUCGUAUGAGAACCCGUACAUCUACGCCACGGCCACCGUGUAUGCUAUCUACUAUGAGUAACACGCAUCUAGAUAUUCUUCCGGAGGAGUAUUAAACCCGGUUCAUACUCCCUGCGAAAGCAAAUGGGAAGCGAAUUUUGACGCCACAAAUUAGCAAUGAAUAGUUUGUUUCAGUUGCCUUUGUGCUUAACUCCUGCAAAGCACCCGCUGCGAAAACAGCCAUGUGAGGUCAAAAUUCACUAUCCAUUAUUCCCAUUAGCAGGAAGUAUAAACCUAGCUUCAGGCUGUGUCGGAAUUAGCGGCUUCAGCUACGGCUAUGGCUGGAUUUUCUCAUCAUCAUGCAUUGAAGUAUAGGACUUACUUAGCGACACCCUUAGCAACGGUUGUAGCCGCAGCUGUAGCCACCAAUUUAGAUACGGCUUGAGGUACCUUGAUAUCAUUAUGUUGUUGUUAUUCAAUGUUAAAGAUACUAUCUCUUUGCUUUCACUGAACAAUUCAAUCCAUCUUAACCUUUGACCUUCUAUUGAAGCUGAGGCUUAAGUGUGUACAACCAUGGUAGGUCAAAGGUCAAAGUCUGAAGCUCUGAUUUGUUCAGCAAAAGCCCAACGUUCAAUAAGUUUUUCUGAAAUUUGUAUUCACAAUGAAAUGCUCGGAAAUUGUUUGAUUCUAAUGAGUUGGUUUGACUAAAGUAUGUACCUUUAGCAAAGCUGCCUUCAAAACAGUACCUUAAAGUGAUUUAUCCUUAACUUUCAGUUAAAACUGGUUGGUUUUAUUUAGUGCAAUUUAUACAAAACAGUACAUUUAUUUGGUGCAAAUAGACUCUUCAUUUGAAAAGGGACUUCUUUAAACGUGAAAUGCACAAAUGCAUUUUUAAAAUUUUUUUUAUGGUGAUGAUGCUUCACACAGUUUUCUGUGCUAAAGGGUACCUCUAUGAUGACAAGUUUAAUUCACUUUGGCAGAAUUUAAGGGGCAUCAAGGCAAUGACACAUGACCUAGAGACAAAAGCCUCCAUUGCCUAUAAGAAGUAUCGGGCCUGUAUGUUUAUAUUUUAUAUUUUGUUUGGGACCUAUCCUCAGAAGUGUUUCCUGGACUUAAUUCCAAGAAAUCAAAAUGUUUACCAUUCUAUAGUGCCAUUCCUUCAACUCAAGGAAUUGUUUGUCUUGAUCCCUAUUUUAAGCACAGUUUCUAAGCGAAGAGAUUUGAUGAACAGGGUAUUAAGUUGUAUUUCUUUUUUUUUAACAGAGGGUUCAUUCUAUAUAGCUGCUAAGUGGAGUAAAGGUGGUUAAAGAUUUGAAAGUGCUGCUUAGCACCAAUAGGCUACAAUCUUAGAAUGAAAUGUGAUGCAUAUUGUGUAUGCCUGGGUUUCUUUUUUUCUGUAAAUAUUUUUCAAACCUUUUUUGCUUAGCAGCUCUUUUGAAUCAGAAUACUGGACAUUUGACAUGCAGUAAAGGUGUAAACUUUAUUGUUGAAUUUUCCUUCCAUUACUAUUUGUUGGAGUUUGCUACUUUUUUGAGUUGGAAGUGCAUUAUCUGUUUGUUUAUGAAGUUUUGCUGGUGAACUUCCAGCACUGUUAAAAGUAUUAGACAUUGCAAGUUACAGUACUUUACAUGUUCGGAUUACUUAAUUGCUGUUGUUGUUUUGGGGUUGUUGUUUUGACGCUCCACCCCAAACCCCUCCUCAUGGGUAGACAGCCUUUGGCAAAAUGCUUAUAGCGCUCGAAACCAACGCUCAGUGUCGCUCAUGGUCCUCCAACAAUAUUAUCUCUGGCCAAUAUUUUAUUCUUAAACCGCCUCAUCAGCUUCCUUGGGAGUAUGUAUCCUGUGUUGCCAAUAUGUAGCGCCCCAUGAUUCAGAAGAACUAUCUAUGCCACAGGUACCCACUUCGAGGCGAUGAGAAGCAAGUGUCAUGACUGGGAUUCAAACCCUCAUACCAAUGACCGAGACACCUGUGCUAAAUUUUAUGAAGCUGUUAAGCAGAAAAUAUAGCUGAGCAAAUUUCUAUGCUAAGCAAAACAAAAAUAGGGGGCAACAGUCACAAACAUGUUAAAUUAUAUGGAUUUAUGGCUGGUAACCAGUUUCUGCUAAGCAUUAUUUGCCUGUGCUUAGCAAGUUUUUUUUGUUACAAGCUAUAUGAAAAUCGGGCUGAGAACUUGAGUCUGACGCACUUGAACUGCUCAGCCUUGAGCCCAUGACAUGCCUGUCUACCAGUAUUUUGGAGUUACUAAAAAUAAACUGUCAUUUUUGUACUUUCUGCAUGUGUUAAUUUAUUAGUGGAAUCAAAUCAUACAGCCUUGCCAUGUAAAUGUCAAAUUUUAGUAUUCUACAAAGUUUUUAGAUCAAAUUUAUGUAAUAAAGAACAAGUUUAAGGUUGGCCUUCAAGCUUUGCCAUUUCAUGAUGAACUGUAGUUUUACUGUUGCAAUAACCUCAAAACAUCUCAAAAAUAAAAUAGUGCAUUAUUUCUAAAUAUAGUUAUUUAGUAUAGUUAAAAUUGAGUCUCAGUUUGAGCUGAAUAUCAAUUUAUACCAUUGUAUACACAGUUCCGCAAUUACACACAUAACUUGCAAUAUAUCAUUUUGAUUUUGUAUUAACAUGAAUUAGUAAUCUCCAUACUUAGUUUUUGUAUCACAUUUUUAUUUGUUUAUUAGUUGUAAAAUCUUACAGCAGUGUACUUGUACACCGUAUUAUUAUCACAUUUCUAUCUGUAUUCAUUGUUAGUCUUUUAGCAGAUUAUAUUUUUUGUUCAAUGUAAGGCUGAAGCUGUACCUUCUUAUAGAUUUGAGAAAAUGUAAUUUAUUGUUAGUUAUUAGCUCGCAAACUGCUACCAACCAAAAGGACUUAUAUGGUAUGAAUGCAAAAAUACGAGGUUGAAGAAAUAGUUAACGGCCUGACGUUUUGACCCUAGCAGUGUCUUUCUUGAAGGCUUAAAAGAGAAAGUCUAUGCUAGGGUUGAAACGUCAGGCCAUUAACUAUUUUUUAACCUUACAAAUUUGUAGUUCUUUUUCACUUGUAAGUUCAAUAUUUCUUUCAUGUCUCAUGUGUUCAAUACUUUAUACAAUAAGUACAUUUCACCACAAGGUUCAAAUCCUGCUUCCGUAAAGCCUUAAAUUUCUUCACAUGUUGUAUUUUGAUAAAAUUGUUACGACUAUUUUAAAAAGUUUUUACUGUUGCAUAUUAUAUGAAAAAUUAAAUACCGUCCUGUAUUUAUUUAUUCUAUACAUUUGAGUGUUUACUUGUUUUGUGUAUGCAAAAUGUGUUAUAGUCUGGUGAUAUGCCCUAAUUGAAUACUUGGUUGUUUUGAUAUAGUUAAGGCUGGGGAUAAGACCAGUACA